CGUGAAAAUUCCACAGGCGUGUGCAGCAACGCGACGGCACCCUCGGUGAGCAGCAUCAACAGGAUCUUACGCAACCGGGCAGCGGAGCGGGCAGCCGCCGAGUUCGCCAGGGCGGCGGGCUACGGGUUGUACGCGGGCGCGGGCGCCCACCCGUACUUCACCUCGAGCGCCCAGCAACAACAACAAUCCCAGUCUCAGCCGCAGAGCUCGCAACAGCCGACGUCGGUGGCACAGCAACAGUCUGCAUGGCCGGGGGCUGCGGGUCCGGCCCACCCGUGGCUCUUCCCCGGGGGCCUGCCGGCCGGCAUCGCGGGCCCCGCCUCGGCCCUGCUACUCCAGCCACCCCUGACGUCGGCCGCCGCGGCUGCCGCAGCUGCAGCCGCGGCGGCGGCGGCCAGUCCCGAGCACGCGCUCCACGCGGUGGACGCCAUAGCCAGGGGCUACCUCCAUCAAGACAUGGACGGGGAGGACGGCAGCCUCGACGGCUCGGAGCAGCCCAAGUUCCGGCGCAACCGCACGACCUUCAGCCCGGAGCAGCUGGAGGAGCUCGAGAAGGAGUUUGAGCGCUCGCACUACCCCUGCGUGUCGACCCGCGAACGGCUCGCGUCGAAGACGUCCCUCUCGGAGGCUAGAGUCCAG